AUGGUUAUUGAGUUAUUAUCAGGAUUUAAAGGAUUAUCCCCGUUCAAAGACGCAACUGUAGACGACAGCUGGGACCAGAUAAACAGGUGUUAUGUGUUCCUAGCGAUGGUACUGAUGGGGGCAGUAACCACUAUGAGACAGUAUUCUGGAACCCUUAUCGCGUGUGACGGGUUCAGUAAGUUUCACCCUCAGUUUGCAGAGGACUAUUGCUGGAGUUUAGGAAUGUAUACUGUGCGUGAGGCGUACGAUCUGCCGGCCAGCAUGGUGCCCUACCCUGGAGUUCUACCAUCAGAUCUGCCCGCAUGUGUGCCGCGUCUCUUGAAGAACGGUACAUUAACAAAGUGUGGCAGUGAGAAAGAUGUCCUGCCAGCAGACAGGAUAUUUCACUUGUGGUACCAGUGGGCUAGUUUUUACUUCUGGAUUGUUGCUAUUCUCUACUACACACCUUACAUAAUGUUCAAACAGUUGGGAGGGUCCGAGUAUAAGCCGCUUAUAAAGCUGCUAUGUCUCGCCUCCUCCGCCAGUGAAAAACACAUGGAGGAGAUACAAGAGCGAGUGGUCAACUGGCUGUUCUUCAGAUUUAAAACUUACAUAUUCGACAAGGGUUACUACGCCUGGCUGCGAAAGAACAGCUUCAGUCUGGUAAUCGGAGUAACCAAGCUCUCCUACCUUCUCAUAACAGUUGCUGUGUUCUACCUGACAGGCUUCAUGUUUGAGUACGGCAAUAACACAUGGUACCGGUACGGUGCUGACUGGUACGGUACCAGGUUCUCUCCUUAUAUGGAUGUUAACAAUUCCAUCACUCUCAAUAAAGACAUUCUCUUUCCUAAGAUGGUGGCAUGUGAGAUUAAGAGAUGGGGUCCCUCUGGGAUAGAGGUGGAGACAGCACAGUGUGUUCUCGCUCCUAAUGUUCUUUAUCAGUACCUCUUCCUUUUCACCUGGUACCUCUUGGUAGCUGUGUUCUUUGCUAACCUCAUCAGUUGUUUCCUCCACAUUUCUGAGAUGUUUUUCUCCAAUGGUACCUACAACAGGAUGAUUGACCAAGGAAUGUUGCCCAAUAAACCCAUGUACAGGUUUGUCUUCAUGAACAUUGGAGCUGGAGGAAGGGAGAUUGUACAGAUUCUCACGGAUAACUCCAACCCUCUUCUUUUCAGUAAGAUCUUCAACGAUCUGACAAGCAUGUUGAUUACCACUGCUAAGAAUGAUGAUGUUGUUGAGAACCUAAACACUAAGACUGAGACGUCUGUUAUCGAGUUUGAGAGCAAUGAUUCGCUCUAA